AUGCAGAAAUAUCUCAGUGGUGCCUCCUCCGUGACCGGAAAUGAUCAACUCACUUGUUCGCAAGAGGGCUUGGAAUGCUUGAUCCUUGAGACUGUCUUUCACACCAAUGCGGGCAACCUGCGUUGCGCUUGGAUGGUGCUUCGAAGAGCUAUCGGCCUUGCUCAACUUAUGGGCCUGCAUCAGGGCCAACCGGACAAACUAGCGAUACUCGACCCCCAGACCAAAGCCUCAGCCUCAGUCAUGUGGCAUAGAAUUUCAAGUCAGGAGAGGUACUUGGCCCUAAUGCUGGGCCUACCUGCUACAACUCUCGAUGAUCCAUAUGUCGCAAAGCACAAGUUCACCCCUGAGGAGUCUCCGUGCGACUACCUUGAACGUAGUCACAGUUACAUCAUGCGCUGCAUCACUGCUAGGAACGAGAGCAACCAGCUUGGGGACUACAGUGUCACGCAACAAAUUGACCAAAUGCUGCAGACGGCAGCUCAAGAAAUGCCCCCUGACUGGUGGCUAGUCCCAAACGCACGACUCAGACAGCGGCCUGCAAUCAUGAGUGAAGGGGAAAAGCUUGAAACCACCCUUCGGAUUCUAUUCCAGAUCACGCACUUCAAUCUGCUGAUCCUCCUACAUUUCCCGUACAUGCUACGGUCCAAUUGCCGCGCAAAUCACGAAUACAGCAGAGCGGCGCGUUCAAACGCAAGCCGCGAGCUCCUAAGUCGAUACAUCAAGUUCAGAUGCGCGAACGAGAUCUUGUUCUGUUGCAGAGCCAUCGAUUUCUCUGCGUUCACGGCGUGCCUCAGUCUGCUUCUCGCGCAUAUUGAAAGAUGGAGUCAUGACUCUGACGUGGUCGAUUUUCUCGUCCAUCAGAGAGCGAGUGAUCGUGCUUUGGUCGAGGAGGUCAUUGAACUCAUGUUGGAAGUCGAUCAUCCUAAUAGCGGCUCUCUGCUGAAGCGAACCGCUUCUAUACUGAAAGCCUUGCUGGACAUGGAAGCGGGUGCUGCUAGUCGCUCGGGGAGGUAUUCGGACAGCCCAUCUGCUGAAAGCUCCGGAGAUGCUUGUCGCACUAGUCCGUGCUUGCGGAUCAAAGUUCCUGCACUCGGCACUGUCAACAUCACACGUCAUGGCAUAUCCUUGAUCUCAGGACAGUCUGCAGAUUCCGAGGCGAAUGAGUAUGUGGAAUCAGGGAAUGUGGCCUUCGAUACAACUGGCGGAGUCGAACAGGCCCAGGAGGAACAACUCCAUCUCCAGGAGUAUGCGAAUUUGCGGAACGACGGUCUUCAGCACACAAGUCACUACACCGACGACCCUACCUUUGAUUCAGGGGUGGAUGAGAUAGACUGGAGUUGGCAAGGUGCUCGUAGCAUCUUACUUGGGCCGACUUCGAACGAAAUGACAGAUCCUACAAGAGACCCGCAGGUCAAUUGUCUGGGCAACGAGUUCUUCUUCAGUUUCUAG